AUGCCUGAGCGUACUGUUCUUGUUACAGGUGCCACCGGCCUUCUCGGGCGGGAAGUGUCUGCGGCUUUUGGGCUCAAGAAUUGGGAAGUUAAGGGAACAGGUUAUUCCCGUGCAGACGGAAUCAACACUUUCAAAGUCGAUCUAGGCAAUGAGAAUGAAGUAUCAAGUUUUCUAGAUGAGACCAAGUUUGUGCCCUUCUCCCUCAGCGCUGCACAACGUUUCCCAGACAAGGUUGACAAAGAUCCCGAGGGAGCUAGGGCACUCAACGUCGCCGCGAGCAAGGCACUCGCUAGAUUGGCUGCCGAAAGGAACAUCUUUCUCAUCUACAUCUCCACUGACUACGUCUUCCCUGGUGUGCCCGGAGAUGCCCCAUACGAGGCUGAUGCCGAACCUCGACCGACCAAUCUUUAUGGCCAGACCAAGCUCGAUGGCGAGCGCGCCGUUUUAGAAACUUUCAAGGAAGCUGGCAAGGAAGGUUUGGGCGUUGUGCUUCGAGUUCCUGUCCUCUAUGGCAAUGCUGAGACACCGUCUGAGAGUGCUGUCAACGUUUUGAUGGAUGCUCUUUGGAAGGCCCAAACACAGGGAGCCCAAAUUAGCAUGGACCACUGGGCUCUUCGAUAUCCCACGAACACUGAAGACAUUGGUCGAGUCUGUCACGAUAUCUCGGCCAAGUAUCUCGAUACUCCCAGCAGCGAUCGAGCGUCGCUUCCAAGUAUUCUUCAAUUCUCUUCUGAAGAUCGGAUGACCAAGUACGAGAUAGUAGCCCUGUUUGGCGAGAUCAUGGGUUUGUCAACGGAAGGGAUCAAGCCCAACACCGAAGGGAAUGACCCAAAUGCCAGUGUGCAGCGACCCUACGACUGCCACUUGAGUACCAAGGCCCUGAAGGACUUGGGUGUUGACGUUUCGACCCCCUGGGAAGGCCACGGGGUUCUUUUGCUGAUUCAUUCGUUCGAGAGGAAUGGCAUCAUGGAAGUCAUCGAAAUUGUUACUAUUGGUACUGGAAUGGGCGCUCAACGACUCGAAGGGAUGAGUUGGGACCUCGGCCCUUCGCAUACAGGGUACGUAUCUGGCUUCAUACCAGAGCCUUUACUAUUGCAAGCUGCUGCAUACCAUUGUCGCUAUUGCAUCGAAUUAUAUUACAUUGCUCACUGUCGCAGUCCAAGUCGAAGUCCCAGUCGCAGUCGUCCUCGAGGCUCAGACUUCUUCAAACCCCUUCCACCGACAUCUGCGUUUGACCUCUCACCACCAGAUUCACCUAUACUGCGCACAGUACCGUCUGCCAGUGAUAUUGCGCGAUUCAAAAGUCGUAACCUUCUCGCCUUACGGAUCAACACUGAAACUGCCGAGCGCGCUGCAAAACUCGAACGAGAAGAACUUGAGCGGCAAGAACAAGAGGCAGAACGUUUGGCUGACACAGUUGCCCGUCUUGAGGCUGAGAACGACCGUAUUCUCGUCGAACAGAAGAAGCGUGAUCUUGCGCGCAUACACGCACAGCUCCCAACCCCGUCUCCAAGAUUUCCAAGAUUAUUUGUCCUUGACAAGCUUCCUUUCCUGUACCGCAGCAAGCGAUCGAAUGCUGUAAUAAGCCAAGCCGGCACGCCAAGCCCUGGGGCACCAACUAUCUUUUCUCUCGAUUUCAGCCGUUCCAACAGUCCUGAGGAAUCUUCUUCACCAGACAAGAUGAGCUUUAUAGAACAGGGCGGUAAAGGCAUAGUGCCGGGCACUGAUGCGCCAACUUCUGCUAUUAAUGGGGGCGAAAGGCGUGUGUGUGUACGAUGCCUCUCUUCCGUGAUCAAUCUCCCCGUCAAUGCCGACACCUCUCCCGUAGAUAUCAUCUACUCGACUGCCAACUUGACAAGUCAUGACAUCGACCCCAAGGCUAGUGUUUUGAUCGAAUGCUAUGUAGAGCUAGGUCUUGAGCGACGGCUUCGCCGUUACGAGCGUAUCCGCGACGUUAUGAACUCAUGGGAUCGGGACCAGCAGAACUCUCUUUUGGUUGUUACAAACGAUAUCUCGCAGAGUAACGAUUCUGAUCUUGACUUCAAAUCAGUGCCACGGACUCCAACACCUCCUCCCGGUUUUACUCUGCAGAUGUAUCAUUCAUCUAGACCAGGCAAAUGGAACAAACGAUGGAUCACCUUGCUGGAAUCUGGUCAAAUGUUUGCCUCUAAGAAGCCUGAUUCAAAGGUUUCGGAUAAGGACAGUACAGUUUUAUGCCAUCUGUCAGACUUUGAUAUUUACACGCCAAGGGAGAGCGAGGCUAGGCGUCAUUUGAAGGCACCACGACGUUUUUGCUAUGCAGUGAAGAGCCAGCAAAAGACCUUCGUUUUCCCCAAUGGCGAAAACUUCGUUCACUUUUUCUGUGCCGAAGACGGACAAAUUGCUAGGCGAUUCCUGGAGCUUGUGCAGCGCUGGCGAAGUUGGUACCUGGUCAACAAGCAAGUUGACUUCGAAAAAAAGGAGAACAAGACACCUCAGAUCUCUAUGGGCUUAGACAGUCGAAAAUCUCCAAAGGCCAUGUCCAGGUCAAAGAGUACGGCUGCCAAAGGACACAGCACUCAAGCUUCUGUCGAUGAGACUCCCUACACAAUAGGCGCUUUUCAGCCGCUCCUUGACAUGGACCGGUUUGACAAGCCUCUUGAGGAAUUUGGCAAGGAUUUGAAUCAGCAAAAGAACAAGGAUGAGCCCGACUCCGAUCCCGAAUUCAAGACCGGACUCGUCCGUAAGGCCACUUGCAAACAGCCAAAUGUUUUGUCCAAGUCCAAAUCCGUGCACCAUAAGCAUAUAUCACCAGCGGAGGAAAAUCAGUUUUCUCCUGCUGGACUCUUGGGUCAAGGCUACGAGGAGAAGCGCAAGAUAGCAGAACGAGCACCUACGAUCAGUCCCGUUACUACAAAUGCGGCUUUCACAAAGGGAGCGUCGCUGUUGGGCCAAGGCUACGAGCAAAAGCGCAAGAUAUCUGAACGAACGCCAGUUAACAACAGUGUGCCUUCGACUAACGCAGCUUUCACCGAUGGACCUUCUCUACUGAAUGGAGGCGUGCUUUCACCUACAACACCCAGGGAAAAUACGACAGACUCUAAAUCAUGGUUUCCUCUAGGUACGGACCAGUCUGCACGGCCCAGCUAUCGCAGUCGAUCUGUUCGAGACACAAGCAGACAACCUGUCGCUGACAACGUUCCUGACAUGCCACAACAACCUCUAGUCAACUUGACCAACAGUUUUCCCGAGCCACCUCGAUGGCGUGAAAACAAAAACAAGGGCCAUGGUGUAAAGGCUCCGGCAGGCGGUCCUCUAAUUAGCCUUGCCACAGGCGGUCAAAGUAACAAUAUGUUCGGUACCCGCAGCACUUCUGGUCUUGUCAACCAGUCGCGCGUUCCGCUCUCGUCUUCGACCAUGACUGUCGGCAGUCGUCCUCGGAGCCGAUCUACUGCAGGAAUGCAGCAGCCACCGAGCCAUGCUCCCCCUGUGCCCCCUGUGCCAAUCCGCUCCUUGCGCCGGGAGAUGACGGCUCCAGUCGAUCAGUCUCGCGGUCGCGAUCCCCGUCCUCGAGAACCUCUGAUCAACCGCGCUGGGACAGUUGGUCACUCGUCAAGGAUCUGA